AGAGAUGAAUAGGCUGAGAUUAGAACUCCAGCAGACAAUGGAUAUGUACAGCUCGGCCUGUAAAGAAGCCAUCGUAGCUAAACAGAAGGCAAUGGAGCUUCAUCUUUGGAACAUGGGGGAACAGCAGAGACUGGAAGAAGCUCGAGUAGCAGAAGAAGCUGCCUUCGCUAUGGUAGGGAAGCAGAAGGCAAAGUGUAAGGCUGCACUGGAGGCAGCCGAGGUCGCCAAACUGAUUGCGGAUUCGGAAACACGGAAGAGAAGAGAUGCAGAGAUGAAGUUGGUCGGAGGUUACGAGGAGGAUGAGGCCUUGGAUUCUUGCUCUGUAGCCGACCUGAGAUACAGAAAAUACACGAUAGAUGAGAUAGAAGCAGCCACAGAUCGCUUUGCCAAGAACCGGAAGAUCGGAGAAGGUGGGUAUGGUCCUGUCUUUAGAUGCUAUCUCGAUCACACGGAAGUCGCCGUCAAGGUACUGCGACCAGACGCAGCCCAGGGGAGGUCACAGUUUCAGCAAGAGGUGGAAAUAUUGAGCUGCAUUCGGCAUCCGAACAUGGUCCUCCUCCUAGGCGCUUGCCCAGAGUAUGGUUGCCUUGUGUACGAGUACAUGGCGAACGGGAGCUUGGAGGACCGCUUGUUCCGGCGGGGGAACACGCCGCCCAUGCCCUGGCAGUACCGGUUCCGCAUUGCUGCGGAGAUCGGCACAGGCCUGCUCUUCCUCCACCAAACCAAGCCAGAGCCACUGGUUCACAGAGACCUUAAGCCUGCGAACAUCCUCCUCGACCAAAACUACGUGAGCAAGAUCAGCGACGUCGGCCUGGCUCGCCUGGUUCCUCCGUCGGUGGCAGACAGUGUCACGCAGUAUCGUAUGACCUCCGCGGCCGGAACGUUCUGCUACAUCGACCCCGAGUACCAGCAGACUGGCAUGCUGGGCACCAAGUCUGACGUAUACUCCCUCGGAGUGCUGCUGCUGCAGCUGAUCACCGGGAGGCCGCCCAUGGGGCUGACCCAUCACGUCGAGCGUUCGAUCGAGAGGGGAACAUUUGCAGAAAUGUUGGACCCCUCGGUCCGGGAUUGGCCAGUCGAGGAAGCUUUGAGCUUGGCGAAGCUAGCACUCAGGUGCGUGGAGCUAAGACGAAGGGAUCGGCCAGAUCUCGCGACUAUCGUAUUGCCAGAGCUUAACAGGUUGAGAGCUAUUGGUGUAGACAAUAUGCGCCCGUUUGAGCUCGACAACAGCAUCCUCUCCUCACCGGUACACAGUGAAGUUUCCGUGCAGGAAAACGUGGCCCGCGCGGUCUCCGACGGCGGUUGGACGUCCGUCGCCGACUUCCAAAGGAUUGACCUUUAUUAA